AUGUCGACGCACGAUCAACACUCACCAUACAGCAAUGGCCACGGUCAUGCCAACGGCAUUCAAGCCGACCUCCAGCAGUCGAGCAGCUCGGGUCCCGUCAGGAACAGCACUGUCAAGGCCGAUGACAGGGACAAGAAGGGUCCCAUCGCCGCGCCCGUCAAAAGCGCAUGCACCUUCUGUCGCUCCCGCAAGUCGCGCUGUGACGGUAGCAAGCCAUGUUCCGCCUGCGUCGGCCGCGGUCGCCCCGACGAGUGCCUCUACACCGUAUCCCGUCGUGGAGGCAAGCCCAAGCCCAAGCUCGACCCCACACAAGACUUGCAGAGUCAUCUCAACAAGCUCUUUGCCAUGACAGAUAUGCCCUAUGCUUUCCGUCGGCCCGGUGGUCUUGCUGGUCCUUCUGCUGCAGAUCUCUCGUCCCCUCCCCCCGUCCAGUCACCGUCACAACCGCAGUCGCAGCAGGUGCAGCCUCAUUCGAGCGUCUUCAGCAUCCCCGACCCGUAUCAGUCGUUUGAUCCCUCUGUCCUCCAGCAGCCAGCUUCCAUGUCCAACACCCUCCAUAUGCCCACCCAGUCAGCGCUUCCAUCCGCGCAACAGCAGCAUCCUGCCUCUGCGUUCUCCUUCGAUGAUUCACUCCAAGAUCCUUUUGCGUCCAUGUCUGCUUUCCAGGCCGGUGGAUUCUUGCCAUAUCAGCUGCCUGAAAUGACUCAGCCGCCCUCUGCUCCGCAGAUGCUGAUGCAGCCGCAACCACAGCAGCACCAUCCGCACUUCUCUCCCCAGCAGCAGUUCAACCAGCAUGUACGGCAACAGCAACACCAAUCCGCGCAGCUCGCUGGCUUUAACGGUGCACCUCUGCAGCAGGCGUCCUUCCAGCAAGCUGCUCCUACAGGUGCUGCAGUACCUUUCGGCACCACCUCCCCGACGGUGUUUGCCCCUGAUGUUCCACAGAGCUCUUCUGCUCUCUCGCCCGGCUCCCUUCAGAGUCCCAGCUCAUGGGCUCCAGUCGAUGAUGCGAUAGCCGCAUACAACGCCAGCUCGGUCGCUGCCCCGGGUGCCUCCAGUGAGCCCAGCUCGUCGCGUCACACCUCGAUCGACAACGUGGCCGAUGCCCCCAACCUCAAGAAAGUGUCCUAUACCACAUUGAACGCUGCCGCUGCCGAAGCGGGUAGCGUCAAGGCGCUUCUCACCGAUUACUACCGCUACCUCUACCGCUUCAUUCCUGUUCUGCCACCACCCAAGCACAUCGACGUGCUCAUCAAAUUCUUCAAACCUGACUCGACCUUUAUCUAUGCGCUUCAGUGCGUUUUGCCUCUACUCAGAGACGAGAUACAGCCGAUCGGCGCUCUGCACAAGUUGUCGGGUCAGGGCAUCAACUUUGGCUCGGACGAGAAGAAGGCGGCGUUGCGCGAACGAACCCUCUUGUUCGAGCGCAAGGCCUCUGAUGGCCUUGAUCGCCUGCUGGAGCUCGCAGAUGGCGACGACACGGGUGAAAAGAUGCUCGAGGCGGUGCAGACCUUGUGCGUGCUCGUUGUCUACGAGUACGGAAGCGGACGUGCGAUCAAGGCACGUCUCAAAGCCGAUCAGGCACUUGGUCUCGCCAUGGGCCAGGGUCUGCACAGGUUGAGCCACAAGACAUCCCCGCAUGAGAUGAAGGCGGCGCCCAGCAGCUUUGCCUACACCUCCACCGUCGGUCAUCCGCUCACCUCGAUGGGAGUAGACGCCAACGACGUCUUCGAGAUGCGCAAGCGCUGCUGGUGGUCCGUAUGGAGUCUGGUUCUGUGGGCUGCCUACAACACGGGUCGCAUCCCUACCAUCCGUGCCGACGAUCCACGCGUCAAGAGCGAGAUGCCUGCCGCCUCCAAUCCCGAUGUGUGGACUGCCAACAUCAGCUCGUUGCAGGCGCUCUUGCUCGUCCAGGACCGCGUCUUGGCGCUGGCUCAGCACGGCCAGACCUCUGAAGGCAACUCUUACUACGAGCCACCGCGACGAGAACACUCCAAGUCGCCGCCCUCGUCGGACAGCUCGCCGUUUGCUAUCGGUCGCUUGGGCAUCUCCAGGUCUGGCUCAGUCAGCAGCGACGACGCUCCGGCCACGUUUUCGACACUUCCGACGCGCGCCACGCGCCAAGAAAUUCUCGACAGCAUGCUCGAGAUCGACAACUUCUUGCAGGAACAGAUCCGUAUCCACGAAACCGCUGAGGCGCCCGACUCGCCUCUACCCUCCGAAGUGCCGCUGACGGGUGACUUGGCCCAUGUGGAGAAGGAGCUCGAAGAUUCGCUUCGCAUGGCUGCGGCGGUGCAGCUCUACACGUCGUCACUGACACUGCACAUUGGUCAGGCGUUCCAAGGCGCGUCGCUGUUUGAACGCAAGCUGUGCUUCCUCAACUCGAUCAAAGACAACAGGGAUGGUUCGAGCUCGGCGGUAUGCCGGGAGCCGAUGCCCGUUCUCGCCCAUGACGACUCGCUCGACUUGACCCCUUACGCUGGUACAAGUGGCGACGGCUCUGGCGCUCAGGGGUUGGAUCUGACGUCGCCCGGUGCAGGUGCCCAGGCGACAGCCUUGACACAGCAGGACCUGUACGCACGAGGCCCGUUCUUGCCUCGGCUGUCGUUGCAGCGAUGCGUGCAUGCCAGCCGAAAGCUGCUCGACAUUGCCAAGCGCCGCCACGGCCAAUCUGUCAACCCGAAUCCGUUCAACUGCUGCAGUUUCGUACUGAUCAGCUUUGUGCUUCUCAUGCAGGCGCUUGCGGUUCACGGAGGCUUCGCAGGCGAAAACGGCACGAACGAGCAGGAUGAACAGACGUCCAGGCAGCAGAACGGCUCGUCGAGCGAGCUUCACGGUCACGGAGAGUAUGCCAACGACAGUCUGCAGCGAGUUUUGGACCACACUGUGAUGGACGACGAUGACACGAUGGAGGACUUGGAGCCUUCCGUCGACCCGACCAAGCAGGCACAGCUGCGCGACAUUUGGGGCCGCGUGCGCGAGGCGCGCGACACGCUCAUGGACCUGGGCAAGCACUGGGAGGCGGUGGUGCCCAUGGCUGACGAGGUCAACCUGUGUCUUGAGACGUCGCAGCUGCUGCUCAGCAACGUGCACUGA